AUGAGUUACUUAAAAUUGUUAAAAAUAACUUGGAAUAAUCCUUGGACGCUUAAUCCUAAUGUAUAUGUACCAAGAAUUGAUUCAAUAGAUUACUCAAAAUUAAAAGAAUUAGGUGUUAAAUAUUUAGUGUUUGACAAAGAUAAUACUUUGACUGCUCACUUAAAAAAUGAAUUUUAUGAUAAUAAAAUAUAAAGUUGUGUAAAUAAUGAAAUCAAAUAAUUGUAUGAUCAAAAUUCUCAAAUAUUUAUUGUAUCUAACUCAAUUAAAAGUGAAUAAAAAUAAAAAGAAGUUUAGUAAAACUUAGGAAUAGAAUUAAUUCUAACAAGCCAAAAAAAACCCCAUAAUUUUUAAGAAAUAAUCAAUCACAUAAAGUAAAAAAAUACAAAUGUUUCAAUCAAAAACCACGAAAUAGCUUUCUUUGGAGACAGAUUGUUUACAGAUGUUCUACUUGCUAACUUAAAUGGUGCAGUUUCUGUAUAUACUGAUCCAUUUAAUAAUUUAAAUGAACAUUUAGGUAUUUGGUUAAUGAGAAAAAUAGAAAAGUAGAUAUUUAGUAAAUUCCAAAAUUCUAGAAGCAUAAAUCUCUACUAUUUAAAUUAAAAUAUAAAAAAUUUUGAUUAACAAGUAACUAAAUAGAAUUAGUAAUAAUAGUGA